ACACAAAGCGGCCUCCCCCGGGCUGGGCCUCUCCAGCCCCUCCCCCAGGCCAGGAUAGCCUCCCCUGCCAGCACCAGCGCGGCAUGGAACAGACGUGGGACUUGUAAAAUGUUGCCCUGUAAGAAGAGAAGAACUGCAGUGACCGAGUCUGCGCAUCAGCAAGAUGACCAGGAGGGUGAUGACUUGGACCUAGAGGCAGCUGUGAAGCCAGAAACAGAGGAGCUCCCAGACUGCGGGACAGAGACACUGUCCUGGGGUCAGAGUCACGACAUUGCAGUAUGCCCUGAAGUGCAUUCCAUGCAGGGUGUAGACAAUCAGCUCAGCAUGGAGGGUCCAUCUUUAAGCUCUAAGAUGCUCACCCAGCAUGUGAACUUAGCAGUUGUGGAAGCUGUUGAUGUAGCCGUGUCUCAGGACAUCCCUCUUCCUUCCUUGGAGUCUUCUUCCCUUCCUGUACUCAAGGAUAAAGGGAGAGUCCAGGCCUCUGCUUCAAGGAAAGGGAAGAAAAUUGUCUCCACACCUGGGCAGGUUACCAGAGAAGAGGGAGGGGAUCACCCUGUCCCAGAGGAGCCUCCUUCAGGAGAACCUGCUGAAGAAGCCAAGGCAGAAGGAGGAGAACUUCAGAUGAAUUCCGAAGGGGAGUUACCUUUGCUGUCAUCAGGCAGUCAAUCUGCAAAACCAGGUGCCCAGCCUAGAAAGUCAUUCCAGCCAGAUGGUUUUGCCUUUCCUCAAGAAAAGCCACUCGGACCUCUGGUUUGCCAAGCCGAGGAGGAGAUGGAGGAUGGUGGACUCUUUAUUCCAACCGAAGAGCAAGACGGUGAAGAAAGCGAUAAAAAGAAAAAAACUAAAAAGGGUACCAAGAGGAAGCGAGAUGGAAAGGGUCAGGAGCAAGGGACAACGGCAUACGACCCAAAACUGGAUGAUGUGCUGGACCGCACCUUAGAGGAUGGCGCCAAGCAGCACAAUCUGACGGCAGUCAAUGUCCGAAACAUCCUGCAUGAAGUAAUCACAAAUGAACAUGUUGUGGCCAUGAUGAAGGCAGCAAUCAGUGAGACAGAAGACAUGCCACUGUUUGAGCCUAAGAUGACACGCUCUAAACUGAAGGAAGUUGUGGAGAAAGGAGUGGUAAUUCCAACUUGGAAUAUUUCACCAAUUAAGAAAGCCAAUGAAAUUAAGCAGCCUCCACAGUUUGUGGAUAUUCACCUUGAAGAAGAUGACUCCUCAGAUGAAGAGUACCAGCCAGAUGAGGAAGAGGAAGAUGAGACAGCUGAAGAGAGCUUAUUGGAAAGUGAUGUUGAAAGCACUGCUUCGUCUCCUCGGGGAGUGAAGAGAUCCAGACUGCAGCGGUCUUCUGAAGUGGCCGAGACAGAUGAGGAGAGUGGCGUGUUGUCAGAGGUUGAGAAAGUUACCACCCCUGCGCUCAGGCACAUCAGUGCUGAGGUCGUGCCCAUGGGGCCUCCACCUCCUCCAAAACCUAAGCAGACCAGAGACAGUGCUUUCAUGGAGAAGCUAGAUGCAGUGGAGGAGGAGCUGGCAUCCAGUCCUGUCUGCAUGGACACUUUCCAGUUUCAAGAUGAAAUGGGAUUCUCCAAUAUGGAAGACGAUGGCCCAGAGGAAGAGGAACGUGCAACAGAGUCUCGGCCUAGCUUCAACACCCCUCAAGCCCUACGGUUUGAGGAACCAUUGGCCAACUUACUAAAUGAACGACAUCGGACAGUGAAAGAGCUGCUUGAACAGCUGAAAAUGAAAAAGUCUUCAGUCAGACAGCAGCCUGAGGUGGAGAAGCUGAAGCCUCAGAAGGAGAAAGUCCAUCAGACUCUGGUUCUCGACCCGGCACAAAGGAGCAGGCUUCAGCAGCAGAUGCAGCAGCAUGUUCAGCUCUUGACACAAAUCUACCUUCUCACCACCUCCAACCCCAACCUCAGCUCCGAGGCCAGUACCACCAAAGUAUUUCUUAAAGAGCUAGGCACCUUUGCUGAGAACUCCGUCGCCCUUCACCAGCAGUUCAACCCCAGGUUCCAGACCUUGUUCCAGCCUUGUAACUGGACGGGAGCUAUGCAGCUCCUUGAAGACUUCGCCCACAUCAGCAUUGACUGCAGUCCUCAUAAAACUGUCAAGAAGACUGCCAGUGAAUUUCCCUGUUUGCCAAAACAAGUGGCUUGGAUUCUGGCCACAAACAAGGUUUUCAUGUAUCCAGAGCUCCUCCCAGUAUGUUCCCUGAAGGCAAAUAAUCCUCGGGAUAAGACCAUCUUUACCAAGGCUGAGGAUAACCUGUUAGCUUUAGGACUGAAGCACUUUGAAGGGACUGAGUUUCCGAAGCCUCUGAUCAGCAAGUACCUUGUGACUUGUAAGACUGCUCACCAGCUGACGGUGAGAAUCAAGAACCUCAACCUGAACAGAGCUCCUAACAACGUGAUUAAAUUUUAUAAGAAGACCAAACAGCUGCCAGUCCUGGUGCGGUGCUGUGAAGAGAUUCAGCCACAUCAGUGGAAGCCACCUAUUGAGAAGGAAGAACACCGGCUUCCAUUCUGGUUAAAGGCCAGUCUACAGUCCAUUCAGGAUGAACUGCGGAACAUAGCUGAAGGUGCUACAGAGGGCGGAAGUGUGAUCACAGCUGCUGAGACCAGCACAGAUCAGCACUUAGAGAAAGCCAGCCCAGUCCUAGGGAGUGAAACUCAAUACCCACUGCUGCUGCCCAAAGGUGUAGUACUCAAACUGAAGCCAGUUUCCAAGCGUUUCUCCAGAAAGGCUUGGCGACAGAAGCGGCCAUUGGUCCAGAAGCCCCUCCUUAUCCAACCCAGCCCCUCCGUUCAGCCUAUGUUCAACCCUGGGAAAAUGGCAACCUGGCCAACUCAGUCAGAAAUCCCUCCAAGCAACACGGUGGUCCAGAUUCCUCAUCUAAUCCAGCCAGCUACUGUCUUACAGACACUUCCAGGUUUCCCCUCAGUGGGGGUCCGUGGAGAAGAUGGUUUUGAGUCUCCUGCAGCACUGCCUGCUAUGCCUUGUGGGUCUGAAGCCAGGACCAGCUUCCCCUUGUCCAAGUCUCAGUCAGCACUGCCUUCUUCCUCUACACCCAAGUUAAUGUUGCCCUCUCUGUCCCCUUCUAAAUUUGAAAAGCCAUAUGUCAGGUGUAAGCCAACAAGAAGAAAAGGAGCCAAGGCUUCCCCGUGUGUGAAACCUGCUCCCAUCAUCCACCCCACCCCUGUCAUCUUCACAGUUCCUGCCACCACAGUGAAGGUCGUAAGCCUCGGUGGUGGUUGUAACAUGAUCCAGCCUGUUACUGCAGCUGUGGCACCCAAUCCCCAGACCAUUCCUAUCACCACUCUCCUUGUUAACCCUACCUCUUUCCCCUGUUCACUAAACCAGCCCCUUGUGGCCUCAUCCAUACCCCCCCUAAUUGUUUCCAGCAAUCCUCUGACGCUUCCUGUGACAUCUAUUCCUGAAGAUAAGGCCCAAGUGAACUUGGAUAUGGCGGAAGGGAAAAAUGCUCCUCAGAACCCUGAAUCCAAAUUGAAACCCCAGGAACUAACUCCUCUCUGUACUGCUGUCUUCUCCAAAGAGGAGCCCAGGCCAUGGCCUUCAGAUACAGGAAGCCAGGAAGCGUUCUCUGAGUCCAGUGCCUGCGGCUGGACUGUUGUAAAAACAGAAGAUGGUGGGCAUGCUGUGGAGCCAUUGCCUCAGAAUCUCCAGGAAUCUCUGAACUCUCCAUCGAAGGAUUUAUUAAAUAUGGUCAAGAUGGAAGCUGAGGAUUGUAUGGAGGAAAUCUCCAGCUAUUUCCCCAAGCAGGACGUUGGCGAGGAAGUGAAAGAGGAGGGUUCUGUGGAGUUAGACAGGGACUCCUCACAGGAGACGCCUAGUACUGGGGAGAGGAGGAAACAGACAGUCCUGCAGAGGGAAGAGACGCAGGCCACUAAAUCCCCUUCUGUGUCCCAAGAUGCUCCUGACGAGGGAUUUGCAAGUAGGGAUGCAAGCAAAGGAUUGCCAAAAGGCACUCCAUCUUCCAUGGACCAGGCCACGGUUCUUGGCAGUCCUCCAGGGAAGCCAGAGGACUCAGCCAGCGCUGAUGGUCAGUCUGUGGGAAUACCAGCAGGACCAGACACUGGAGGGGAGAAGGACGGGCCUGAGGAAGAAGAGGAGGAGGACCUUGAUGAUCUCACCCAAGAUGAAGAAGAUGAACUGUCAUCAGCUUCUGAAGAGUCUGUGCUUUCUGUCCCAGAACUCCAGGAAACAAUGGAGAAACUGACUUGGCUGGCAUCUGAGAGGCGGAUGAGUCAGGAGGGUGAGUCUGAGGAAGAGAACUCUCAGGAGGAGAACUCUGAGCCAGAAGAAGAAGAGGAAGAAGAGGCAGAAGGAAUGGAAACCUUGCAAAAAGAGGAUGAAGUGAAUGAUGAAGCAGUUGGAGAUGCUGCUGAGAAACCUCCUUCUACCUUGGCCUCACCUCAGACUGCUCCAGAAGUAGAGACCAGCAUAACCCCAGCAGGAGAGAGCAUCAAAGCUGCUGGAAAGGGGCGGAGCAGUCAUCGGGCUCGAAACAGACGGGGAAGUCGGGCUCGGGCCAGCAAAGACACCUCUAAGCUGCUGUUGCUGUAUGAUGAGGACAUUCUGGACCACGACCCACUCAGGGAGCAGAAGGACCUGGCGUUUGCACAGGCUUACCUAACCAGGGUCCGAGAAGCUCUCCAGCAUGUCCCUGGCAAAUACGAAGAUUUCCUUCAGAUCAUCUAUGAAUUUGAGUCAAGCACCCAGAUGCACAGCGCUGUGGACCUCUUCAGGAGCUUGCAGACCCUUCUCCAAGACUGGCCUCAGCUCCUGAAGGACUUUGUUGCGUUCCUGUUGCCUGAGCAAGCCCUGUCCUGUGGACUCGUAAGUCCACUUUGACGGGCAGAGGCAGAGGGGCUUGAAUGCAGUCAAUCAAGACAAUUCCAGUCUUCUCAUUUGUUUACAGAGUUUUAUGUAUAGUACCAGUGGAGAUCUUGAUAAGUCACACUCUGCCCUCCCUCCUCACUGGUGAAAAGUACAUUUUUUUUUUUUUUUUUUUACAUACAUGGAGUUUCUAGGUAGCCUCUGUUGGCUUCAACUGGUUGUUUAGAUCAGGCUGCAAAGAGAUCCUCCUGCCUCUGCCCCUCGAGUGCACCAUCGUACCCCAUCUCCUUUAUACUAAGCAAUUGUUGAGUGUCAGGCAAAUCUUGAAGCUAAGAAUAGCAGUUAAAAAAUACUAAUAUUUCUGCCCUCAAUAGAGCUUUCAGUCUCAAGAAAGUCUGUAACGUAUAGAUGAUAAGAAUAGUCAAUAUGUAGUACAUUAUCUUUUAUGAAGAUAAUUUUUCACAGAAAACUAGAGCAAGAUAAGAGACUAGAGAGUUGUAAGUGGGCGAGGGGAUGGUGUGUGUGUGUGUACACACAUACUUACAAUUUUAGCAUUCAGGAAACUGAGCCAGAACGAUUGCUGCUGAUGCAGGACCAGCCUAGGAUUGAUGCUUUUUCAGGAUUCUCGUUUCUGUGGUCCAUAGUGAAACCCUGUCUCCAAAAACAAAAGGAGCUGAAGACUAAGAGUUGAAAUGGGAGGAGUCACGUGAUGUAUGUGGUGACUCCUAAGUACUGUCCCUGACCUUGGGAGGAGGGGGGAGGUGGGAAGGAAGAGGAGGAGGAAGAGGAGGAGGAGGAGGAAGAGAAUAUGAAUAUGCAAUAGUAGUCAGACUAGUCUUCUCGUUCUGACAGGUAGAAACAGGAACGGGGAUAAAGGAGAAACCACAUUAUUUUGACAGAUUGCUCAUUUGGUGUUGUCUCAACUAUAAAUUUAAUGUUCAUCUUCUGGCAUUACUGUGAGGAUCAAAUGAACAUAUAUGCAAAAAUAAUUUCUACUCUUUGACGUUCCAUUUGAGUUUGAAUAUCAUAUUUUAUAAUCCAUAAAAUAAAAUAAGGACAAACUUG